AUGGAGCAGUUCACUGGCUAUAUGGUGCCAGACAAUCAACCGCAGAACAACGACAUGUUUGUGUUCAACACUGCUCUACCCCAAGGACCUCUGGAUCUGGGCGGCUACGAUGAUUUCAUGAGUUUCUCAUAUCCUGGUGCUCCUGUCAAUGGCGAUGCCGUGGACACGAGUACAUCCAACCAUCUCUUCGCCUCCAUACAAUCAAUGGAUAUGCACGGAAGCGACCCUCAGUUCUCACCGCACGAACUGGGGAGUGGCCAAAUGUUCCAACAACAGCAUAACAAGUCACAUAUGCCGAACCAGCCCCCAACGCCACCAGAUACCACGCCUCGAACGCAAAGAAGUCAACCAGCGAGCCCGCCCGGACUACAAAACGCGUUCACUCCACAACAGUAUCCCGAGAAAGCACCUAUAGAUAGACCUGCGACACCUGAUGAUGUACUCGUGCAGAUGGUGGAGCUGCUAGCUCAGCCUGACGCGUGGCACGGACUACCUGAGGGCAACAGCGAAUCCAGCCAAACUCUCUCACACGAUGCACGAGACCGCAUCGUUGCGACUGUUCAGCUACUAUUACAACGUGCACUCCGGAGCCGGCGUGCUCCCUCGCCAUCAGAUCACGGUCUCUUUGGACGCAUCGUAGUCCUCCCGCCAUCACACGUUCUCAUACAUUUCAUCGAGACGUACGCAACCCGCAUUGACUCCAUUCAACCCUACCUAGGUCUUGCUGGUUGUUCAAUCCUCAACAUCCAAGAUAUCCUCCAGAUCAACACGGCAGAUGUAGGCAUACUGCUGAUUAUACUCUUGAUCACGCAAGGCGCCAUGCUUACAGAUCAUUCUGAAUCACACAUACUCGCCAACGGCCUGAUGGAAGUAUGUAGGGUCGCGUUGGAUGAUGUUCUUGAGAGCCGAAGCAUAUCGCAGCCAAUGAUCGGAGGAAUCGCAUUGCAGUUAUUGACACUUUGCGCGAGAAGUGGGAAAGACUCCUUUGCUUCAUACGCCAUGUCGAAACGAGGUCAAUAUCUUAGCAUGUUGAAAUGUACUGGUGUCCUGCAGCCUGAACAGACCCUGCAUACUCCCAGAUCCGACGGAAUGGAACUUUGGGAAAUGUGGAAAGAACAGGAGCAGCGCAAUCGACAUGCGUAUGCGUGGGUCUACGUAGAUCUUGAGAUCAGCUUACUGCACGAUCUUCCGCCAAUACUCUCAGUCAACGACUUGCAAGUACCCUUGCCGCAGGAUAACGAUUUAUGGCAUGCCCAAUCAUAUAGCGAGUGGCUCGAGCACUCUGGCGCGAAUGGGACCAGAUCAGGCCCCUGCAACGCCGCGAAAUUCGGUGCUUGGCUCGAGCAACAGGGUACCAGUGGAGCUCGCUCAAGUCACAUGACUCCAUCGCUCAACGGCCUUUUCCGAAGUUUUCUCCAAGGCCGGCUAGCAGUGGGUGAUGAUUUACCCUUACACCAUCUUCGUCUUCUUCUCCACCCAUUGCAGGCCAUGGUGCUUGAGCAGCAGCAACUUUUGCGCAUUUUCGAUACCGAUGAGCCGUCCAACCGAUAUCGCGUUCUUUCCAAGAUCAAAAUCUUGGGUCGCUUGCAGGAGACGCAAGAUUUGCUUCAAGACUUGGGGACGCUUCUGACUCGACGCUCCAAAACGGCUGCUGUUGAGGAUGACAAGGACCAGAUACAAUCCACGGAUUUUGUAAGCAUGAUUAUGCUCCAUCUGGUUAGCUUGAAUGUCUUCACAAGCAUCCCCGAAAUCGAGAAAUGCGCCAAGGAAGUGCCACCCGCUUCGGACGCGGCCCGUGCAGAGAUGUGGCGCUGGGCGCGCUAUCCUGAAGGGGAGAGCUACGUUUUGUUUCACGCCGGGCAAAUCUUCCGACUGAUCGACAGUCUAUCAAUGGAUGCGCGACCGACUUGGUGGCCGGUAGCUUUGUACCGUGCCGCCAUGUCCUGCUGGUCACUCCGAUCUUUGGAGCGACCAUCUUCUGCAACAUCCCAACCAAUCGAAGUUUGUAUUGACGCCCUGUUACCUGCGGAAGAAGAGUGCUUUCUUAACACGACUACUGGUACGCCAGUCGUCACGCUCGACGACAAGAGACGAUUACCCAUCUUGGAUGGGAGCAACAGCUUGCAGUAUUGCAUUAGCAAAUUGGAGACGCACCCCACACAUUGCUCGCGUAACGUUCUUGAGAAGGCUAAGUAUUUCUUAGAUAGAUGGAGAUGGUGA